AUGCCCUUGACCCACGCUUUUGCUACCAAAGGCCUCGCCAUCUACGUCGACAACCCGCAGUCCAGCUACAAGCCCGGCGACACCAUCACUGGCCGAGUUGUCCGCCAGGUCCCCGUGGCCGUCGGCGCCGACCGUGUCACCAUCACGAUACAUCUAACGGGCAACGCCGCCGCAAAAUUGGUGGAAUGGAGCGACCACAUCGGCGAGAGCCAGAGAAGCUACCACUCAUCCUUCCGUCUGGUCAACUCGGACGACACACGUGUCCAGCUCCACGACGGGCCGCUUGACAUUCCACGGACAGUCGAGGGCUUGUCCAUAGACCGUAUCGACAACCUAGACAAGCAAGAUCAGACGAUUGGCCGCUCGUGGCCGUUUUCAAUCACGAUUCCACGGCAGACGGCAGCAGGCAAUGUCCAGGAGAGCAGGGCCGACAUUACACCCUUUGUUCCAGUGGAUAAGAGCGGCUACGUUCCGUCGCACCCGCUGCCAUCGAGCUCUUGGCGGGGUCGGGAGGAGACGGGCCCUGGGCAAUUCGAGAGCGGCUUCAUUGAGUAUUACUUGAGGGCGACCUUGAGUGCGGCCCAUGGUGGCAGCGGAUCAGAGGCCAUUUAUCUCAUAGAAAUCGGAACGUGA